CAAGGCCGACAGCGCUCUCGUGCUGCUUGCGCACCAUGUCGGCACCGCAAGCGCAAAUGCGAUGGCCGGUUCCCGUGCGGAACCUGCGUACGGUAUGAAUACCAAUGCGAGUACUCGACGAGUUCGAAGAGAACCUCGUACAUGGCGAAUGGCGACAACCCGAAGGAAGAAGUCCGGCCUCAGCCUGUCGAAGACACCACGCCACCGAGCAUUGUCCAGCUGCAGCAGCAUCCUUUGACUGCUCCUGGAGCGCGCUUUCACCACCGUAGCAUUCUAGAUCCGGUCAAAACUCGUUUCGUAAGGGCAAAUUCUGCCAUUGCUUUCCCACGGAUACUGGGCAUGGACUUGGAAUCGGAGAGCAUACCAAGACUUCACUCCUUCGCCUGGCAUACUGGAAUACGACCCGAGUUUACCGAGGAGAGCGUUGACAUCACAACGCUGCUCACUUGGCCAGAUAUGCAGCGCUUGUCGAAGUCUUUCUUCGGUGCUGUGAAUCCAGAAUUUGGCAUUCUGGACGAGUCGGAGUUCGAUCAGGACGCCGCGGCAAGGUUCAGCGACCGUCGAUCGUCCAACGACAUUGACGCGGUUUUGUAUGGCGUAGCAGCACUGGGCUCAUUCUUCUCUUCCAGCCCGCAUCCGCGUGAAAACGAUUGCGUUUUAGCGGCUCGCCAUAUAUUAAUUGCUAAAAGCGUGAACCAUCCUACCACGAACAAUGUUGCGGGCUGGAUUCUGCGAACAAUCUACUUAAGGCUUACGUCGCGACCACACGGCUCGUGGCUAUCGUCCUCAACCACUAUGCACCAAGUGGAAGCGAGCGGUCUUCAUAAGGAAGUACAGACUAUCGCUGUCGUCUAUCCUGCUGCUCCGAGCGGCGAUCACAAAGUGGCGAAAACGCGGCGAAGACUCUUCUGGACUGCCCGAGCGCUCAAUAUCAUACUCUCAUUCGAGUAUGGUCGCUCACGCGUCGCGUUUGACGUUAUUACGACGAAGAGGCCAAAUGAAGAAGGGAAAAGCAACGCCCACCACUUUGUCGAGCUUGCCGAGAUCUUACCAAACGAUGUUGUUGACAGAGAUUCCGAGCCUGAUCCGCCUGGCGCUCUCUGCCGAGCCUUAACCGCGAUUGAAAGCCUACAGACUCGGUCCGCCUUCAUCAGACUGCUCAAAGCAGAUCUUGCAUUUGCUAUAUAUAGACGGUUGUGGUUAAUGUCGCUCACAGACGCUAAGGAUCGAGCGGAGUCAGUCAUAUCUGUUGGUAAAGCAGCCCUGGAGGCGCCAAGGGCGCUACUUGUCGCAAAGACGCCAUGGUGGAACGUGGUGCAUGCGCCCUUUCAGUUUCUGUGCGUGUUGCUGGCAGUAGGCACGCCGCGUGCACUCGCAAACAUACAGGAGGCGAUGGCUCUCUUACGCGAAAUCGCUCAAUCCUACGAUACUCACAUGACACGCGAAGCAUACAAUCAGGCAUUACUGCUUGUUAAGAUGUCCAAGGGGCGAAAAGAGAAGGAGUUGGCAGCUUUA